UAGUUACAGCUGGGCACACUUCUGUGCACAUUGCCACCAGGAGCAACCGAAGCUUCCAUCAUUUGUCACGUAGCACAGAAGAAGCGUAUCUAUGAAUGUUCGAGAUCCAACAGGAGCAUCCAUUGCACUCUUCACUGCCAAGUUACAUCAACCUAAUAAAACUAUGCAGCAUGUGGUUUUGCAAGCCUUGUUCUACUUACUUGAUCAAGCUACUGAGAGUUUUGAAACUCAAAGAAACGGGCUGGUGUUCAUUUAUGAUAUGGCUGGUUCUGCAUACACCAACUUUGAGUAUGACCUGAGCAAGAAAAUUCUUCACCUUUUGAAGGGAGCUUUUCCAGCUCGUUUGAAAAAAGUAUUCAUUGUUGGUCCACCUGUCUGGUUUCGAUUCCCAUAUUCCGUUCUAAGCUUAAUUCUUAAGGAAAAGCUUCGCGAAAGAGUGCAAAUGGUGAAGACGAAUGAGUUGAAACAAUAUCUGCCCAGGGAUUGCCUGCCUGAGCAUUUGGGUGGGGCACUGAAACUGGACCAUUCCAGCUGGAGCAAACAGUUUUUAACCUCGCCAAAUGGCCACACUGACUCACUGGACGAACUUAUCACAAGUUUCCCACGGGAUGAAGUGUCCAUACAUGUGCCAGGACUAGAAGGAAUGACGGUGGAAGAACUGUUGGACCACGUCAGUACUGUUCAGAAAAGGGGAAUCUACGAGGAAUACGAAGACAUCCGACGAGAGACCCCACCAGGCACAUUCAACUGUUCAUUGUUAGUGUACUGUUUGUUUGUAUGUAAACUUAAAAAAUUCAAAGCGUUAAAUCAGGAGGAUAGGUUGCAUAAACUAGGCUUGUUUUCUCAUCAGUCUAGAGGAUUAAGGGGUGAUUGCAUUGAAGUGGUUCAGAUGAUUACAACUUUGGUAGGGUAGACUGAGAAACUGUCGCCACUGUUGGGAGUCUAAAACCAGGGAAAAUAACCAUUACGUUAGAUUUUGCUAUUCAGGGCUGAUGUCAGGACAUUCUUCUUUGCAUACACAGGGUAGUUGAAAUCUGCAUUCUACCAAAACACAUGAUUCAAACUCAGUCAAUUGAAAGCAUUAAGAACUGAGAUUAAAAACUGGAUAAGUUGUUAAGGGAUAUGGAACUAAGGUAGCCAGUUACAGUUAAUAUACAGGUCAGCCACGAUCUAACUGAAUGAUGGAAUAGGUAUGAAGAGCUGAAUGGCCUAGUCUGGUAUCUGUAUGUGGUAUGCUAGUUGUGUAAGAGUGAGUAUUGUCCAUUCAGAUAAACUAUGACACAACUCUGGUGCAGGUAGAACUUGAAUCCGUGCCUCCUGGUUUAGAGGAAAGGACUCUAACGCUGUGCCACAAAUGCUGUAUAUUAUGUAAAAGUACAUGAGGAUAAUGAUGUGCUCCUUCUCACCACCACGUACCAUGGUGUUAAUUAGAAUUCAGUGCCCUAUUUGUGCAGAGGCAAAAAUCUUGGAUCCAUUGUUCAAUAUAACAAUUGGCAGAGCUGAUUUACUGAGAGGUGCCACAAUUCUGGACAGUCACAGUCUCUGACAGUUGAUCUCACAGUAUGUUUGUACCCCCCCACUGCUCAUGUGUUUAUUAUCAUAUGGCUGCAAGACUUUCCCUUCUGGAAGCCAAAUGGGUAGAGAAAAAUGCAUGCUCUUAACUGGCUUUGUUAGCUUCUUUCGCUGUGUUUCAGUUUGGUUCAGAUAGAGUAUCACUAAAUGGUAAAGUAGGUUUUGCGGCGGCAAUGCAAACAAAUGAGUAACUAAUAUACUGGGCACUGAUGUGUAAAGCCAGUGUAUUGCAGAACUAGAAACAUAGGAGGCUGUUCAGUCUCUCUCGUUCAUGAGCUCAACUAGUCCUACUCUGCAUAUUCUCUGGAGACCUGUAGUUUUCCUUCUGUUUGUCCUGCAUAGACUUGUUAGUUAAAGAAAAUUCAGAGGAAGCUGCCACACUACACAUGCAAUUUCCGAGCAAUGCAAACUGACCAAGGGCUUCAGAAACAAAUCGCAGCUACCGAAGUGACCUCCACGCUUGAAAGUAGUCAGUAGCAUUUUGGAUAUUCCAGAGACAUGGAUCCAGAGGCUGAUUGCAGUGUGACCAGCGGCCGAGUGACAGCAUGAACUACAGGUUGAAGGAUUAAUGAUGAGUGAUGAACCUGGACCAUCUGAAGAGAAACCAAAAAAGUACCACUUCCAUGCAGAAUGGGAAAAUGAGUUUCUGUUCACAUCUGUAAAAGAAGUGUUUGUCUUGCACAUUACCAAAGUAUAACAGUAAUUAAAAAGGGAAGUUUGGAACAACACUGCACAAUGAUGAACAGUAAAUUCAAAGGCAACAAAAAAAAAGUUGCUGGAAAAGCUCAGCAGCUCUGGCAGCAUCUGUGGAGGAGAAAACAGAGUUAACGUUUCGAGUCCGGUGACACUUCCUCAGAACACUUGCUCAGUAAAUUCAAAGGUUUCCCUUGGGCAGUGUGCUUUGGGUGAAGAAGGUUGACCAGCUGAAGGCUGUUUUGAAAGCUUACCAUCAUUUUCUUUUAAACCAACAGCAAAAGAUAAGGCUUGCGCACAAACAUUAUUUGGCAUUUUCUGGAAAAACACAAGGAAUCCUUCACGUAUGGUGAAGUAAUUAAACAAUGACUGUGGUCUGUCACUUUUUAUUCAACGUCUUUAAGAGCAAUGAAGAAAUGAUAGCAGCAGUCCAGACCAUGACACUUCAUGCUUCCAUACUGGCAGGAUCAGUGGAAUCUUUAUCCUAAGGUGUUAUUCAGCAACUAUAGCAGGACCUAAAGGACUGUGAAUGGUACUCACUGCAGAUUGAAACAGCUUAGUUGAUUAGUUUUGAAUACAUGUUUUUUAUGGACAUAACAUCGAAAGAGGAUCUUCUCAUCUUUUGCCCCUUAAAGAAAGAAAAAGAGGUCACGAUAUCUACAUGAAUUCAAAAGGUAUGUGCUUGAGAGAAACAUUCCCUUCCAGAAAUUAGUUUCCGUCACAACUGAUGGGGUACCAAAAAUGCUUGGUGCAAAUGUGGGGUUUUGUUGCAUUUGGAGAAAUGAUCCUGAUUUCCCCUAUUUUAUCAAUUGUUACUAUAUAACCCACUAACAAGCAUUAGUGAGUAAAGUUAUGGACUUUUUUCAUAUAACGAAAAUCAUUUUAAAGAUUGUUAGCUCAAUUUGAGCAAGAGCCCUUCAGCCAAGCUAAUUAAAAUCCUUAAUUGACAAACAGACUGCUGUUUAUGGUGAACUCAUCCUCCAUGCUGAUGUAAAGUGGUUAAGGCAAGGGUAAGUCCUGUAAAGGUUUCAGAUUUGAUGCCUGAAAUCGUCACUGUUAUUUUAAAGAAUGAAGUGUGCAGUGAGCUGUCAGAAACUGUGUGGUUGCUGGACAUCAGGUUUCUUACAGACAUCAUGUUGCAAUUGAACAUGCUGAACUUUCAACUGCAGAGAAAGGAUAGUGACUUAGCAACAUGUAUCGAGUGCUGUGAAUACAUGAAAAUAUAAACUGGGUCUGUGGUCUUGCUAGAUAAAAUAUUCAAAUACUUCCUGAGUCUGGCGAAAGUAUUAGAAAAAAAAAUGUAAGGCAAAGAAAUGGUCCCACCCAGAAAACAUUUUACACACCUGAGAAAGUUAUUAGGGAGUUCAACAGGCAUUUUCUGUAAUUAGAUGUGAUGGAACAAAUCAUUACAUUUGUCUCAAAUUCAGUCCUGCGAGAAGACUUUGGCUUCCAAAUUCCAUCAGCUGUUUGAUUUACAAAGCAAUGGAGUUGAUAUCAGGAUAAUUAUUGAGCUGAAAGUCCGUUCAAGUUCGGUGGGGUUUAAAAUAGUGUCUGAUUAAAUUCGUUCAUGGGAUGUGGGUGUCACUGGCUGGACUAGCAUUUAUUGCUCAUCCUUAACAUUUAAGAGUCAACCACAUUGCUGUGGGUCUAGAGUCACUUGUGACCUCGACCAGGUGGGGGCAUUAGUGAGCCAAAUGGGGUUUUCCUGACAAUCGUCAGUAGUUUCAUGAUCAUCAUUAAACUCUUACUUUCAGAUUAUUAUUGAAUUUGAAUUCCACCAUCUGCCAUGGCAAGAUUUGAACCUAGGUCCCCAGAGCAUUACAGUCUCUGGAUUAAUAGUCUAGCGAUAAUACCACUAAAAGGAAGAACAGAUCAGGGCAGGUUAAUGAAUGUGGUGGGACUGAUGGUCUGAACUGUAUUUAUUUUAAUGCAAGGGAAUGUAACACACCAGGCAGAUGAGUUUAGGGCCUAGAUUAGGACGUGGAACUUUGAUGUGGUAGCCAUUGGUUGAGAGAAGGCAGGACUGAUAGCGCAACAUUACAGGGUUUAGAUGUUUCAGGUAUGAUACAGAGGUAAGUAAAAGGGUGGUGAAGUUGCAUUACUGAUUAAGGAGAAGAUGUUGCUGUGACAAAGAGAGGACAACUUGGAUGGCUCAUCCAGCAAGGACAUAUGGAUGGAAUUUAAGAUGUAGAACAGUCCAGUCACUCUGAUGGAAUUAUACGAUAGGGCUCCAAUAGCCAGUGGGAAAUGGUGGUACUGAUAUGCGGACAGA